ACCCACACCCACCUCAUUAAGAUCAGUCGAAUAUCAAAGCGAGAAAACUUAUUCCCCCAAAAAGUAGAGACGGGAGAAUCUAAAAUUGCUUGACGAGGAAGCAAAAUCAAAAUCAAAAUCAAAAUCAAAAUCACAAAGUAGAAGAAGAAUACAUCAAAUUAGGAGUUUGAAAUCUUAACAAAUUCUUUUUAUUAAUCUCUCGAGAAGGAGGAAGGUGUGAUAAUACGGAAGAUCCAAGUCGGGGGGGUUCGGAGUCGAUGGAGCCGUCUCAUUCCGGAUCCCAACCGCCGCAGAAAGCGGUUCCGAGACUGGCUACAGUGGGAUGGCGAACUAUGUUGAUCUUCAAUCUCGGCCUUGCUGCUUUUAUAUUUGCGAAGAAACGAGAAAAGGACAUUGAUGUGGGCGACAAAAUGGGAGUUAAAAAGGGCAGUAAAGGUGCGAAAAAGAGUGUUGUUAACACCGAAGCCGAGAUGAAAGUUGCAGAAACUGACAAGGCUAAGAUACCAGAGGCUGCAGUAGUGGACAAGGAAGAAGCCAAACCGAUCCCUAAACACGAUGAUCCUCUGUUUGAGUUUGCGGAUGCAGCAGCUGAUGAGCUGGUGUUUCAGGGCGCGGCGAGUGAGUCUGUAAAGGUAGCGAGGAAACCGAUUCCGGAAGAUGAGCAAAGGGAGCUUUUCAAGUGGAUCCUGGAAGAGAAAAGGAAGACGGAACCAAAAGACAGGGAAGAUAAGAAGCGUAUCGACGAAGAGAAAGCUGUCUUGAAACAGUUUAUUCGGGCAGAGAGGGUUCCCAAACUUCUCCCUGAUGAUUCUGUUGAUUCUUCUCUACGUGAUUGGGACAAAUUCUUCUCCAAGUAGAGAGAAACAAACAUAAGAGACUAGUCUACUUGUUUUUUUUUGUUGGUACCCUCAUUUCCUUUUUACUACUUUGAUUGUUUAGCUUGGGCAUCCGGGUUUGGAUCCAACGGUUAGUUCAGUUUAGUUAACACACUUUUCGAUUAAUCAAAAUUCGCUUAAAAAGCUUGUCAAAUUGAACUGGAAAAGGAUAUGUUCAAUAUUCUACCUAAACUAAGAGAAGUUUUUGGUUUCAGUUUAUUUUCGAUUAAAAUUUGGAU